AUGUCCGUGAUAUCACAGGAGGACUGCAAACUAUCGUCAUAUUCUCCCAUCGAAGGGCUGGCCAAAACAAAAUGCCUUGGCUGCGGUAAGCGGCGGAUGUAUUUUUGCUAUGAUUGCCGUGUUCUUUUGCCUGGCGUGUAUUCCCCACAGGUUAAGUUACCCUGCGAUGUAGAUAUAGUGAAGCACCCGAUGGAAAAGAAUAGCAAAAGCACGGCUGUCCACUGCAAAAUUGUAGCUCCUAAACAAACGCGGAUUUUCGAUGUUCCAAACGUAUAUGAUUACGCUGCGGAAGAAGCUUUAAAUGAGCAAGGAAGCAAUGUGAACAUGAUGCAGAAGAUCCCCCAAAUUCAGGGCCAGUCGUCUACUGACUCAGAUCAUAAUGAUAAAGAUCUUCCAUGCGUCUCAUUGACUAACUACCGCACCGCUUUCUGGAGACCUCAGCAUAACGUCGGUGAUUAUGGUUUGGCAACAAUCGAAGCUAUUUAUUAUGCUCAACGAGAGUAUCACGAGCACGCUACUGGACGGCCGUAUGGAGGAGAGUUCGAUGACCUGUUGUAUUGGUUUUUCCACACUCAACGAUAUGUGGAUAAAAGGCAGGACGAAUACCGUAAACGGAAGUUUGACCAAGCUGAAAGCGCAGAAAAACCUGAUCGUUCUAGCCAAGGUGACCCGCUAGCUAGCGUCAUUAAGUCUCCUCGUUUGUGGAUUUUUUUCAAGGAGUAG